AUGGCUGAGUUAGAUGUUCUUCUUCAAACUUUACAUAAUAUUCCAAUACAAAAUAAAUGUUUUGGUAACAAUAGGAUAACUGGAAGUCAAAUCAAUCAAAAUGAUAUUAUUGAAUUAUUAACUAUUAAAGCAAGUCAAUCACAAAUUUUUAAUCUAGCAAAAGUUAAGAAAAAGAAAAACUAUGGAAGAUUAGUUAAAAGAUUGAAACACAAGUUCAAAUUGGCGAAUGUUGUGUUACAGAAAUCAGAUAAAUCAAAAGUAUUCCAUUUAGGUAAGUUAGAAGAUUACCGCAAUAAAUCUAAGGAAUAUAUGGAAAAAACUCAAGCAUAUAAAUGUCUUGGCAGUGAAGAUCCAUUACCUGAUUUAAUUAUAAGUACCAAUAAAUAUCUAUUGGAUUUAAGAUUAGCUAAAUGGAUUACUCAAACACAAUAUGAAAAAUUAUGUAUUAAUCCAUGUGAAGUUGAGCUGGCUCAUUUAUAUUAUUUGCCAAAGGCUCAUAAACCUGGUACUCCACUACGUCCAAUUAUAAGUGGUCUCAAACAUCCUACGAUUAAAAUCUCAAAAUUUCUUGAUGAUUUAUUAAGACCAUUAUUCGAUAAAAUGGCUCAAGAUACAACAGUUACAUCUGGCUUUGAAUUAUUGAAGAAAUUAAAAGAAUGGUGUACACUAAAUAUGAAUCAAAAUACUAUAUUUUGUACUAUUGAUGUACUUGAUUUAUAUACAAUGAUUCCACAAGUAGAAGGAGUACUUUCUCUUAAGAAAAUGUUUGAUUAUUUAAAAUUGAAAAAAGUGGGUAGCUUAAGAGCAGAAACUAUUAUUCGGUUAGGUCGAUUUGUAAUGCAAAAUAAUUAUUUUUCUUACGAUGGGCAAUUUUAUCGUCAAAUUCGAGGUGGAGCUAUGGGUUCUCCGUUAACUUUAACAAUGGCUAAUAGUUAUAUGCUCUUUUUUGAACGAGCAAUUGCUAACCAAAUUAAGAAUGGUGGUGGACUCUAUUUUCGAUAUAUAGACGAUUUAUUUAUUGUGAUUAAUUGGCCCGCUAGACAUUUAUUAAAACAAAUCAACAGAUGGAAUAAAUUUGACGAAAAUAUUAAGUUAGAAGCUAAUAUCGGCUCAUUUACCAAUUUUCUAGAUUUAUAUAUGGAAAAUCAAGAUGGUCACCUGUUUACCACAGUUUAUCAAAAGCCAUCAUAUGAGUCUUACUAUUUACCAUUUAAUAGUAUCCAUCCAUUACAUAUGAAAAAGAAUAUACCUUUUACGAUGCUUUUACGCGCUAUUAGGUAUUGUUCUACAUUUCAAAUAUAUUUGGAUGAACGUGAGAAGUUGCGCAUGUCAUUAUUACUCAAUAAAUAUUCUAAUCAAAUUAUCGAACAACAAUUUAAUAAUGUCUUAUUAAAAUUUAAUAUUGAUCAGCCAUUAACUAUUAUUAAUUACGAUAAAUGUCGUCAAAAUGUGCUAGAUUCUCCAUAUAAAGAACGAAUAGUAAUUGAUUAUGAUAAAGUUAUGUUUAUUCAUUUUACUUAUUGCUCAAGUAUGAAAACAUUUCCUUUUCAAUUUCAUACAUUAUGGAGCAAAUAUUUUGGAGAAUCUCCGAUUAAUGAAGUUACACCUGUACUUGGUACCCGUAAUGUUCAAAAUUUGCAAAGACGAUUAACGAAAAUUGGCUGA